UUUGUUUAUCAUAUUUUGUUUUAAGGUAAUAGUACAAUGAUGGGAAAGUUUUACAGCCAAGAUCCUCGUCAGUAUUUAUUCUAUUACACGUGCUACUAUUCUACAGACCCGGAUAUUUGUGACGUCGACUAUCUUGAUAUUAUACUCCGAAAAAAACAACACAAAGAUUCUGCGACCAAUGAACUGGAUUUGGGGCAAGUGCCGUGGCAUAUGAUAGCUGCAGACUUGAAAAAUAUCUAUAACAUGGAGUUUACCAAUGACAAAGUUAUGUUUCAAGCUAAAGGACCAGUUUGCGAUUUUAAUGGAAACAUUGUAACAAACGCUGCUGGACGAUGGAGACUUGAACAUUUUGUAUUGCUGAUUGUUUUGCUGCCGAUUUACAUUUACAAUAUCCCAAUGUAUUAUUAAAAUAUAAAUACUCCAACAGAAUGACUAAAUGGCAAACGGAUGUAAUGUUUUAUUAAAAAAUGUUAAAUAAACUUACAUGCGCGCGUGUGUGUGUGUGUAUAAUUCAUAGCGCAAUAGACAAAAUUACAAGAUAUAUUUGUUGCUCUUACCUAAUGUAGUAAUUCAAAUGAUUACAUAAAGCAUGUGCGCUUGAAUAAAGAACGAGGUUCAUUUCCGUAAAGGUACAUACAUAAUUAGGCGCAUACUUGAAGCAUUACUGAUUCAUUAUUUUCCUGUUUUCCAUCUGUAAGAAAUAUCAGUGCAAUAAAAAUAUACAAUUUAAAA